GGCAUAUCAUCAAUGUAUGUCGCACCGCCUUUAAAAACAACCCCUCAGCUGUCUAAAUGGGAUUCGGAAGCGCAUCCCGGAUUCAGCCUUCAAUUGAGUAUGCAACCUUGUGGCAGUCUCCUGGCACAUGAUGAACACUAGCAUCAGCUUGGUUCGAACAAGUGUUUUGUUUGCAACGAGUUGUUCAUCAUAUGAACUUAUAUUUUUCUUCAAUUCAAUUUUCAAGUCCAGUGUAUCAAGAUGGUCAAGCUUAGCCAAGUAAUCGAAUCCAACCAAUCUAUCCGAACUCUUCCCCCAGGCCUUGUAUCUGUAUUCGUAGGCGCAUCUCAUGAGUUUGAACGCGCUAUCGUCCGCAGUUUUGCCAAAUAUGGGAACGCGAAAUAUGAGAAUGCGCCGAAGAUAUAUAUAAUUGACAGCUUCGUCCAUGAAAAUAAACUGAUUUCCUCUUUUGUCGAUGAAUUGGAAAAAGUUAAUCCCGCUGGCUCUUAUAAAACUUUCAAUGUGCGAAUAGGAAUUCUGUCUGAGGUUGAUAGGGUAUGCGACGAUAUUAGGAAAGUGGAGGGAUGCGUGGAUUUAUUAAUUAUGAGUUGUGGAUUUAUGAGAUCACCUCGCGGAAAAGGUACUUUAACUUUUUCUUCAUCUAUCUGAAACUCUUCUGCCGCCAAUAAGUCACAAGGAGUAGGAUUUCAUUAAGCUGAUCCCCCUACCUGCAGAUCGGAGUGCUUAUGAAGAAAGCCAUCUUUCAGAUGAAGAUGCACGUGGAGGUGUCCCAUUUGACAUAGCACUCCAAUUCUACAUUCGCCAACGCUUCAUCACCAAUCUUCUUCCUCUUCUUUCUAAAAGUCGUUGCCCCCGAGUCAUUUCACUCCUACUACCUGGAAACGACAGUCCAACAUACUUCGAAACACUCGAUACAAGUAAAAAGUAUCUGGACACCGGAUCAAUCAACCAUGCAACCUCCCUCUUAUUCUCCGAAUACGCCAAAACGCACCCAGAAGUCACUUUCAUUAAUGUUUUCCCAGGGAUCAUAAACUACGAUACUUGGGAUCGUAUGGGUAAUCCCGUCCAGGGAGUCUCGUGGUAUCCCGCUACAGUUCUCAAAUGGACUAUGCCCCCGCUAUUCAAAUACUUCAUGUGCAUCCCCACAGAAGAAGUAGCAGAGCGUAUCGUCUUCCUAGCAACGAGUGUUCGAUAUCCUCCGGGGAAAGAGAAAAGGGAUGAAGGGAAAGUGGCAGGAUUAGCAGAAUGUCCACCAGCAUGGAAGCUUUUUGUUGUGAGAUCAAUGAUUAUGAAAGAUGGACGCGGAAACGGUGUGUAUAGGAUUAAUGAGGAAGGUGAGGCGUGCGAGGAGAGUGAGGUUUUGACUCGGUAUCUUGAGCAGGAAGAGGGGAAGUGGCUUUUGGAACAUACUGAGGAGGUGUUUGGGAAGAUGUUGAAUGCGGAGAGAGCGUCUAAUGAUGCAAAUUGAAGUGACGAGUCUAUGGGUGAAGUGGAUUUUAGGUUCUCUUUCAGGUUUUUUUUCCCCCUUUACCUCUGCGAAUGUGGCUGCACAAAAGCAAGGAUUUGGUAAUAAUAUUGAUAUUUACUUUUUGAAUCAGGAAAAAUUCAAAUAUUCCCAUCCUUAAGCAAUUCAACGACUUGAUUUCUGUAACACAAUCUGCGGGAAUCUCAUUGCAUGUCUACGAAAACAAAACAAAAAAAAACAAAACCCACAAUUUUCCAUAUCCACACUUCCAUCCCAUCCCAUCCUCUACAACUCAACCCUCUCCCACCAAAAAAGAAUAAUCUCCCCAAAACAAAACUACCCAACCUAAAAAAUCUCUUGAAUUCCCUCUUCAAAAUAUCUCUAUUCUACCAA